UUUUGGCGUGAGCCAAAGAAACUCCCCCCCGGCUGUAAACCGACAUGGUACACGCCCAGUAGCGCUUGGGCCGACCGACAUGAUGCCCGCCCAGGAGGGCGUGCGCCGCCGGCUUCCACGAAUAGCGCCCGCGGUCAAGAAUGCCGCGCAGCGGGCGCGGCAGGUCGCACGGAACGUGAGCAGCGGCGCGACGCGGCUUGCGAGGGCGCGACAGGAGCGGCUCGCGACGGUGGACCUCUCGGCGGCGGUGCUCCUACUCGGCUGCGCCAUCGUGCUGCCGCUCUUCACCUUUGCCGUCGCCUACUCCAUCUCGCACCGCAUCUUCUCCUCUUACCCCGAGGAGGACCGCUGGCCAAAAGGGUACUUCAUAUCGGCGGCGCUCGACCUUCAACCCGCGUCCAACUUUGGCGCCUUCUCCCACUGCCGCGCUCGCGCCUUCUUCCUCACGGUCGCGCUCGCCUCGACCGUCGCCGUCGCCGUCAUCCGCCACAUGAUCGUCGCCCGUCGCCUCCCGGCUGGCUGCGAGGCGCUGCACCGCACUUCGCUCUUCCUCUCGCUCGCGUCUGCUCUCGGCGGCAACGGCGUCGCCGCAUUUCCUCACAACUCGUCGCGCGCGAUACACAACACGAUGGCCGCCCUCUUCUUCCUGGGCAACCUGUUCCACUUCUGGAUCGAGACGCUGCUCGAGUUCCGCGAGCCGCUCGGGGUGCGCGCCGGGCAGAGCGCCACCCGGUUCUGGCACACUGCGAUCUGCGCAUUGGCGCUCGUCUUGACGGCGGCCUCCAUGUCCCGGGGGGGCGGGGGGGGGAUCGGCCACAUCCUCGGCGAAGAGAUGGGCAAGCUCGACUUCGGCAUCGGAAAGUUCACCGCCGCGCUGGCGGAGAUCGCGACGGUCGCCUGUUUCCUCGUGUACAUUGGCACGUACUACCGCUCCUUCGCCGCCACGCGCAUCACCUUUGCCGUCGAGAAUUUCCUCACCCCUCCGUGCGGGCACGCGGUGCACGCCGCCUGCGCGCGGCUCGCCGGCGAAGCGCUGCCGUGCCCCGUCUGCGGCACGACCUGCGCUCGUUCGGACAUGUGGGAGACGUUUGCGCUUGGCGAGCGCUCGGACGAGGCGGAUUCGGCGGGCGGCGUGCGCGAGGUCGCCGAGCGGGACGCCCGCGCCCGCUGGUACCUCUGUGGCCGCCUGACGGCUCGCGCGGCGGCGCUCUCCGAGGCGGCGGCGGUGUCGCGGGCAGAGGCGGCGCGCAGCUGCGCAGAGCUGCCACAGCUGGCUGCUGUGGCGGCGGAGACGCGCGCGCGCAUCGCGAGCAAGGCGUCCGACGCCAAGCGGGCGAUCCAGCGCAAGCACGACGCCUCGGCCGCCGCCGACGCACCAAACGGCUCUGCCUGGCGGCGGCUGGCACGCCCCUUGCGCGGACAGGCUGGCGGGCCGUCCUCCGCGCGGCUGCUGGGCAGGCUACAGACGGCGCUCGGCGCGCUGCUCUCCGGCCAGCUGGCGGCGAUGAAGGCCGAGUAUGCGGAGCGGGUCAGGGAGCUCGGCGAGCUCACGCAUGCUGCGGCGGCGGCGCAGCGGCGGCGCGCGCGCGAGGAGAAGGCCGGGCAGGCGCGUGCGGCGCGUGCGAGGCGCGAGGAGGGGUGUCGGAACGGUCUCGGAAAGGUCUCGGAAGAGGCGGGCGAGGAGCUGGCUCGGGGGAGGGGCCCCAGACGGGGCGAGGCGGCGAGGGGCGUCGGGGAUCCGAGAGCAGCGGCGGCGCUUGUGCCAGCAGCGGCGGCACUUGUGCCAGCAGCGGCGGCACCGGCAGCAGCGGCGGCACCGGCAGCAGCGGCGGCAGCAGCGGCGGAGCUUGCGGCAGCGGCAGCGCCUGCGGCAGCGGGGCACGCGGCAUUGAGCGGCGGCUGGGGCGGGGAGGCUGCGGCCUCUGGUGCGUCGGUGUGGCGCAUGGCGUCGGCUCCGCCGCCCGCGCGGCCGCCGCUCGCCCCCGCCGCCCGCACGCUCAACUCGUUUCGCGGCGCGGCACAACUCGCCGUCGGCCGGCCGGCGCAGGCCGGCGACCCGCCGCGCGGGUACAUCCUCGGGGGAGCAAAGCCGGCACCGGCGCCGCGCGCUUUGGUCCCGCCCGCAGCCCCGCCCGCAGCCCCGCCCGCGGCCAGGCUGGCGGCGGCUAGCCGGCUCAGCGGUGGCACGCAGUCCGCCGCGGCGGCGAGAGAGGGCGCGCAGUCAGGCGCGCGCAAGAGGGCUGCACCCGCGGCCGGCAGUGCGGGCGCGGCGAGGCGGAGGGUCGGCGGCGGCGGCGCGCCGCCGUCCGCGAGCAUGCUGACGAUGGAGGCGUUCUUCCUCCGCCGGCCGGAGGCGUGAACGUGCGCGGGGUUGUUAUUAAUGGCGUUCCUACUGCCUCACAGACGCGGUCAGAGAGCGCCGUGGGCGUGGCGUGUCGCGUCCAGAGCGCGAGCGCGAGCAGGUCGAGGAGACUCGGAGUCGGCUCUUCUAGCAUCUGCGAGGUGUGCCGGCCGGCCGACGGCGAGGUGUAGGAUCCUAUAUACAGCGUACAGGUUGAGGGUAAAGCCGGGGUAAGGGUAAAGU